AUGGCUGCAGCAAGGAAUAGGAGCGCCAAAAAGUCCUCGCCCGCGCCGCCGCGAUUCGCCGAACUCGCCCGUCCGCGCAGCCCGCCAGCGCCGCUCCUCCGUCCACGCCGGCCGUCCGCCCGCGUGCCCUCCGUCUGCGCCGCCCGUCCGCGUCCUCCAGUCGUCGGCGGCACCUCCGUCCGCGCCGCCAGCGCCGUACCUCCGUCUACGCCGUCUGCCCGUGCCGCCCCUCCGUCUGCGCCGCCCGUCCGCGUCCUCCAAUCGUCGGCGGCACCUCCAUCCGCGCCGCCUGCGCCUCUAACUUCCUUCAUCGCAGGCCAGGUGCUUGUUGUGCUGAUGCUCCAAAAGAGAAAAGGAAAAGAGCAUUUUGGAUGUGCUGAUGCUCCAAAAGAGAAGAGGAGAAAAGCAGUAUUGCUGUGCUGGGAGUGGCAGAUGCUCCAAAAGAGAAGAGGAAAAGAGAAAAAGUGAGGUGCAGUACAAACAGUGGAGGGGAAAGUGGAGAAGAAGUGGAGGGAAGCAACUCACGGGUGUGGUUUUGGCGCCAAGCUGGGUGACUUUUCCCUCCAAAAGAGAAGAAAGAGAAAGAGCAGGUCACGUGCAUGAGAAGGGAGAGGUGUUGUGUGUCUGUUUCCUGAAGGGAUGUCUAGCCCUGACUUCGCUCUGUAAUGUUAGAGGAUCCGGCUCCAGAUGGAUGCAGAUGCAUCUUGGUGGGGGCGAAUGGAUAAGCCAGCGAUGGAGACGAAUGGUUAAACCAGCGGUGGAGCCGUGGAGGUACACGUGAUGGGCCUGAUGGGUGUAC